GGAAUGAAUGCGGUUCUCGUCAGAUCAGUUCAACUGAAUGACUGUUCAUUUCAAUGAACUGAAUAUACAAUUCAGUGUUUGCUCGGCAAUUGAAACCGAUGGCAAAACAAUAAUGCACGUAAUGUUUAGGUCGAAUUUAUCCAACAUUUUACCGCUAUAAAUAUUUGCUUUAUUUUAACAUGGAGACAGCGGAGACAACAGAAGAGCUGUUAGCCAAGCAGCAUCGCAAGGAAAAGAAAGACCUGCAAGCAAAAAUACAGAGUAUGAAAAAUGCUGUCCCCAAAAAUGACAAGAAGAGGAGGAAACAACUGACUGAGGACAUUGCCAAAUUAGAGGCCGAGCUCAGUCAAAAACACGAGAAUGAGCUUAGACAACUAAACAUCUCUUCCUCGGUUGAAGAAGUUUCAAAUGCAUUGGAUUCUGUAACUGUAACAAAUAAUGAGGAAGAAACAGAUGGCAAGCAAACGCGGACAUCUAAAGCGCAAAAGAGACGGGACAAAAGGGCUGCCCUUGAGAAGGAGCGAGAGACUCGGAUCGCUGAGGCAGAGGUGGAGAACCUUACAGGCUCUCGUCAUCUGGAGAAUCUAAAGCUGAAAGAGAAGCUGGCAGAGAGACACCUGCAGAUCAAAGAGAUCUCCUCUGAUGGACACUGCAUGUACCGUGCUGUAGAGGACCAGCUGAUGGUGCGAGGCUGUGCUCUUGGCCUUAAAGAGCUUCGUGCUCAAACAGCUCAGUACAUGAGGAGCCACGCAGAUGACUUUCUACCUUUUCUCACUGACCCCAAUACAGGAGACAUGUACACUGCAGAUGAGUUUGAGAAAUACUGCAAUGAUGUUGCAGACACAGCGGCUUGGGGUGGACAGUUAGAGUUAAAAGCCCUUUCACAGGUCCUCCAGAUGCCAAUUGAAGUCAUCCAGGCAGAGUCUCUCUCUAUAAUUAUUGGCGAAGAAUAUGACAGGCCACCAAUCACACUCAUUUAUAUGCGGCAUGCGUAUGGACUCGGUGAGCACUAUAACUCUGUGGAGCCCCUCAAAGAAUUAUCAAACGAGGAGGAGAGCUGAUCAAAUAAAACAUGUAUUAAUAUAUCUUUCGGGAUACUCAUAGAAAUAACACAAAGGCAGUGGCUUUGCUUGCAGUGGACAAGCUUUAUGUUAACGUCCAUGUUUGCAGUGUUCUUCAUGAUUUUUCUGUGCAUUGUGUUAUUGAUGGAAAACUGAUAUCAGCUAAAUAAUAUGCUCUGUAAGGUGCUGGAUCAUGCAAGAUUGAAUAUGUCGACUGUAUUGCAUAUUGAAUAAAGAUGGAUUUUUAUAAAAAAAAAAAACAUAAAUACAUAGUGUUAUGAUCA